CAGGUAACUUCUAACGCAUUGUCUAUGAGGAUUCAAGGAAUUAGCUAACCUUACUUUUGUUUGCUACAAUGUGAUCUCUGUAUUUGCGCGGCACAUUCAUCUCGGGUUUUCACAACCUUCAUAUAUAAACAGGCUUAUAUUCGUUAGCGAACAUAGCAAGCGAUAAUAGCAAGUGUAGCAAUCGACAAACGAAAUCUAGCCAGGUCUCCUCUGCUGCUAGCUACAGUAAUUUAGCCCAGGUACUUGAUCUUGAACUGGCAGUCUGAUUUUUUUUUUUUAAUCGUAUUCUGUCAGGUAGAUUCGGAGAUUUUUGUGCUGGCCACUGGCGUUAAUUAUUUGCUAAUUAACUGAAGACAUGGUAGUUUGUCAGAACUAUUGAUACACCGAAGGACAUUUACUCGUGACUUUCCCCCCAGUCUAUGGUAUUAACACAGUUGCAGCAAAUGGCUAAAGACCGCUUUCUUAAACGUGAACAUCAAAACCUUGUCAUACGUGAAUCAUGAGAUUGAAGGUUGUCUUCAACCUUACAAAGUUCUCCCACGUCACUGCUCUGCUGAGGUCACUCCACUGGCUACCGGUCGCUGCCAGGAUCAGCGACCGGGGUGGAUGUCUGCUCGGGCACUAUGUCGGCGGGUGGCUGCUCUUCGGCUCCUAGCCUCCACCCCCGGGAGAGAGGUAUGGAGGUCCAGGUGCCAGCGGUGGGACGGUGGUCAUGGCGAGGAGGAAGAGGAGGGGCGAGUUCCAGCCCCCAGGCCGGGGGAGUACCUGGUGCAGUAUAACCCCGCGGCGUACGAGACGGUCCCGCGGGCCGCCGCCGCCGCCGCCUCGUGUGGGGCGGAGGAUGAGGAGCCGGCCCCGCCCCCUCUGGCCCCGCCCUUCCGGCAGCAGGGCAACCCUUACAGCGUGCGCUCGUCCCGCAGUCUGUCCAGCUCCCAGAACACCCUGCUGGACCUGGCCCUCAGCCGGGGCGAGGGCGGCAAGAAACCUGCGUCCGCCGCUGCCGCCACCCCCCCCCGCGAAGACCCCCCCGGCGGCUUCGAGCCCCGCGCCUUCCAGAAGUGCCGGCCGGAGUACGCCGCCGUGAGCCAUGACCCCGCCCACCGGCCGACGCCCAUCUCCGCCGACGAGGCGUUCCUGCUGCUGAACAAGGUGUCGGUCCUCCGGGGCUCCCUGGGGCCCCAGGACGUGGUGGGCUUCCUGGGCGAGCUGGCCCGCCUGCCCCCGGAGCAGCUGCCCCUGGUGCGGGGCCACUCCUGCUUCUCCAUGCUGCUGCGCUACGCAGUGGAGAGCCUGCGGCUCCUCUCCGACGCCCAGCUGCUGGAGGCCCUGCGCGCCCUGGCGUCCCUGGGCCUGCACCCGGCCCACGGCGUGCUGGGCCUGCUGGAGGCGGAGUUCGGGCGGCGGGCGACGGAGGGGAUGGAGCCGCGGCGGCUGCUGCUGGCGGCCGACCUGUGGCGCUGCCUGGGCCGGCCGGUGCCCCAGUUCCUGGAGCAGCUCUACGGCAGCGCCGCGGGCUGGCGCUGGUCCGACAUGGGCCCGGCGGAGCUGGUGCAGCUGGUCUACGUGAUGGGAGAGGGCCGACGCUCCCCCGCCGACCUGCUCCCGACCCUGGAGCUGCAGCUGCUCCGCCACCUGGACCGGCUGACGGCCGAGGAGCUGGGCGCGGUCUGCCUGGGCCUCUUCAAGUCCCAGAGCUCGCUGUCACCCGGCGCGGUGGUGCGGCUGGCCAACCGGGCGUGCGCGCUGCUGCCGGAGAUGAGCGACUACGGCCUGGUGAACGCGCUUAAGCUGCUGCGCUUCAGCUACCUGGACCACCGCGGGCUCCUGCGGGCCCUGGCGACGGAGAUGCCGCGCCGGGCGCCGCGCAUGGGCGUGCCGGGCCUGAUGCACGUGGCCCUGGCCUGCUCGGCGCUGCACCACCGGGACGACGGGGUGCUGCAGGCCGUGGCGGACCGCCUGCCGGCGCUGGUGCCGCCGUGCCGGAGCAAGGACGCCGCCAAGCUGCUGUGGGCCUUCGGCACGGUGGGCUUCCCGCCCAGCCGGGCGCCGCGGCUCUACCCCGGCCUGGCCGAGGCGCUGCGGCAGCGGGAGGCCGAGUUCCGCCGCUUCCCCGAGCACCUGCUGACCGGGCUCCUGGGCCUGGCCUUCGCCGGGAUCUUCCCCACCGACCUGCUGGCCCAGGCGCUCAGCCCGGACUUCGCGGCUCUGGCGGCCGCCUCGCGCCACCUGGAGCUGAAGAAGGACCUGUUCACGGUGGACGCGUCGGUGGGGCUGGAGGUGCCCGGCUGGGCGGGCCCGCGGGUGGACCGGGCCCUGGCGGAGGAGGUGACGGCGCAGCUGUGGAGCUUCGCCCUGCAGGACGUGUGCGUGAAGCCGGAGGUGCUGGAGGCGGAGCGGCUCCUCGGGGAGCUGCUGGGCGGGGCGGCGUACGUGCGCAAGCACAUGAUCCUGCCGCACACCCGCUCCAUCGACCUGGAGGUCCGCCUGGACCCCGCCGGGGGCCCCGUCCCUCUCUGCUCUGAGGGCGACCUCCAUGGCCCCGGGCCGGAGAGCGUUUCCCCUGCCGCGCGGGCCUGGGAAAGGGGCCUUGUGGGCGUGACCAUCACAGAGGACCUGCUGGCCCAGCUGACCAACAUCAAAGGGCCCGUGGUGAGUCACCCCACGGAGAAGCCCGAUUCCCGUCCCGCCCACUCGCCAGCCCCUACGGCAUCGCGGGACAGGGCGUUCCCCAGUGGGGCGGAGCUAACAGAAGGGCUCCUGGAGGCCCUGAGGAGACCCGGGGCCCCCUCGCCCUGUCCCACUCGGGGGGUGCAGAGACUCGCCGUGCAGGUGUCCAACAGGAACCAUUUCUGCUACCGGUCCCGCCAGCUGCUGGGGCUGCACGCGAUGAAGAGGAGGCAGCUGGCCCUGCUGGGCUACAGCGUGGUGGAGCUGCACUACUGGGAGUGGUUUCCACUGCUGAAGCGCUCCCGCGCAGAGAGACUGGCCUACCUUCGCUCCAAGAUCCUCGGACACCUGGACUGAGAGACUGGCCUACCUUCGCUCCAAGAUCCUCGGACACCUGGACUGAGAAACUGGCCUACCUUCGCUCCAAGAUCCUCGGACACCUGGACUGAGAAACUGGCCUACCUUCGCUCCAAGAUCCUCGGACACCUGGACUGAGAAACUGGCCUACCUUCGCUCCAAGAUCCUCGGACACCUGGACUGAGAGACUGGCCUACCUUCGCUCCAAGAUCCUCGGACACCUGGACUGAGAGACCGGCCUACCUUCGGUGCAGAAUCUUCAGUGUCCUGGACUGUAACACUGGCCUACAUUCACAGUGGGACAGUCCUUUCUGUCUGCAUUGAGAAUAGGUCUCCCUGUGCUGUGAGAAAGGAGGUUCUCUUCCUCUGUGUCGUAAGGGCCUCUCUUUGAGCUGCACAGGACCACCUUUAGCUUAAUGUGCAGCAGCAGUUAGACAUGUCUUAUUCAGCCAAUCAAAAGUGACGCUUGAGUGGUUCUAAGUGCCUCAGCCAAUCAGAGUAGAAUUGAGUGUAAAUGAGAUGCUCAUGUGCCAUGGUUUGAAGGACUGGAUUAAAGGGGACAUGUCCAUGUUGAA